UGUCACCUCGCCACGUGUACCUGAUCCCACGUGCGUACGGACGUGACACGAUGGCAAGGUCCGGCCGUGCGAGGAGGUGCGGGCUCCUACCCGUUAUGAUUCUAUUUAUUGUUGGACAAUCGUGGAUUAUCCUGAUAUCUCUGCCACAUUCCCCGCGACAGCUAGAGGAGGACCAGCGAGACAUCAUAUCUCAGCAACGCAUGGAGGCAGCAAGAUUAGGUGCAAUUGAGGAUGAGAAAUACACGAAGAAACUGGAGCACACUCUCCAAUCCAUCCUCGCUCGUCACAGAGGAAUGGUCGACACUAGCAAAUUCAAGUACAACGUGUCGGCCGGUGACGGGUUGUCUGUACGACGUCCUGUUCCUGAUAAUAGAAAUCCGGAAUGUCACAAAACAAAUUUUCUCUAUGAUACAUCACUCACUGUAUCCGUAGUGACCAUCUUCCACAACGAGGCGCUGUCCACUUUGCUCCGGACCGUCCACAGCGUCAUAGACAGGUCCCCAGAAGAAAACCUGAAGGAAGUGAUCCUCGUAGACGACUCCAGCACUAUGACGUAUCUAAAGGACGAGUUAGACAUGUAUUUGUCCCUGGUGCCAAAAGCCAGGGUGAUCCGGAACCGCCAUAGGGCCGGACUGGUCAGGUCGAGGAUGAAUGGGGCCCGCAAUGCCACCGGUGACGUGUUGGUGUUCUUUGACGCCCACAUGGAGUGUAACACGCGCUGGUUGGAGCCACUCCUGCACGCGCUUCAAGACGAACCCACUGCAAUUCUACAGCCGGAUGUGGACAUCAUUAAAGCUGACACAAUGGACUAUUACAGUUACCCAGAUGGUGAUCGUCGCUCUCGUGGAGGAUUCGGUUGGGACCUCAGGUAUGCGUGGUUCGAAGUACCGGGCUUCGUUGAACAAGCAUUGAAGUCUAAAACGGAACCAUUUGUUACCCCCGUGCUGGUGGGUAACGCCAUCGCCGUACGAAGGGACCACUUCUUUCGGAUCGGGGGCUUCGACGAGGGACUUGACAUUUGGGGAGGGGAACACUUUGAUUUGUCAUUCAAAAACUGGUUGUGUGCUGGGAGAGUGUUGACAGUUCCAUGUUCCAAAGUGGGACAUCUGUUUAAAAUGGGCGUCCAGAGUUACAGUUUUGGUGGCGCCGAUCGAGAUACAGUCAUACUGAAAAAUCUGAUGAGGGUAGCGGAAAUAUGGCUGGAUGAAUAUAAAGAUACCUUCUAUAGAGUUACUGCUGGACGAACGCAGAAUUUCCCCCAAAUAGACAACAAUGCUAUUAUGUCACAGAAAAACUUUCUUAAGUCAUUGCACUGUAAACCAUUCCACUGGUACCUUAAAAACGUACUUCCGGAACAGAAGGUUCCCCCUAUCGACGCCGCCUUCUAUGGGGAGAUAACCAACGGGAAAACUUUAGCCUGUCUUGCUGUCCUAGAUGAUCAUUACAUUGGGAUAACAUAUGCAUGUUUUAAAUAUAGAAUAAUACCUGAAAAUUCCUUUACGUUUUCAGAGAAAGGCGAAUUUAAGUUUGAUGAUUAUUGUGUAUUUAUUUCGGAUUCCACACAUUUCCUGAAAAGGAGAAAGUGUGAUGAAACUAAAAAUGUGAUCCCGGGAAAGUGGAAAUUUCAGACGACCUCUCCGAUCUCUAAUACAGGAGCUCUCAUGUUUGAAUUCAAUGACAGUGCGCAGACGUUGUGUGUGAGCCACGUGACAGGUGCGAUAUCGGAGGUCCAUUUUAAUGAGCAAAUGGCGCAAGCUUUGCCGUGUAAUUACAGUUCCGCCUAUCAAAGCUGGUAUUUCAUGUACCGGCUUUCCGAAGUCCCGAAGUUUAAUUGAAUGAAUUUGUUUUAUUCAAAUCUCAAAUAAAGUCAAAAUACCU